AUGGGCAACACUGGGAGCUCGUUCUUCUGGCCCGACAAAGAUCCCGAAGCCCUGGGAGCCGGCUUCGGAACCAAUUCCGCAAGAGCGCGCAAGAACUUCCUCCAGAACGUCGACGAUUCGGGUUUCAACUGGCUGGUCUACAUUGUCGCAGCGUCUGGCUUCUUCACUGAUUCCUACAACUUGUUUGCCUCGAAUGUCAUCCUCCCAGCUCUGGCUUAUGUCUACUGGGAUGGCACGAAACAUGAUAAAGCCCUUGCCUUCAACCUGACCACGCUCUCAGCUUCCGCUGUUGGCCAAUUCGUUUUCGGCUACUUCGCAGACAAAUAUGGACGGCGGUCGCUCUAUGGCAUCGAACUGAUCAUUGUCAUUAUCAGCACUGUCGGACUAUUGCAAUGCUCAAAUGGCUUCACCGACGACAAUGGUAACCACACUUGGGAUAUUGAUGCUUGGAUCAUCUUUUGGCGAACCAUCAUGGGUCUCGGAAUCGGUGCAGAAUACCCACUCAGUGCCUGCAUUGCUGCCGAAUGGUCCUCGACCGAGUCCAGAGGCCGUAUGAUCGCAGCCGUGUUCCUGAUGCAGCCCCUUGGCCAGCUCUGUGCCUAUGGAGCAGGCUUGACAGCCCUGCGUGCUUUCGGCAGCUCGAAAGUCGAGAUCGACAAACUCUGGCGAUAUGUCGUCGGCAUCGGUGCUUUUCCCACGCUUCUGGCCCUUGGAUUUCGACUAUUUAUGCCAGAAAGUGGCCGCUUCACCUACGAAGUGCGCAAGAACAUCGCACCAAACGACGGAAUCGGCGCGUUACGAUCCUCAGACGCUUCUGUGUCGUCUGCUGAUGUUCGUAGCCUGGGAGAAGAAUCGCCUAUCAACCAGUUCAAAUUCAGUGAAAUAUGGGACUUCUUAUAUCAUCAAGGACAUUGGAUCGAUCUUUUUGGCACCUCCAUGUGUUGGCUCCUUCUGGACUUUGCAUUCUAUGGACUCGGCUUCAAUAAUCCAUCUACUCUUGCUAAACUCUGGACCUCGCAAGAUCUGACCUUUCCACCUGGAGUGCCGUAUUGGCUGGAGACUUCCGGAAUUGUCAACGCAACGAUAGAUGGUGUGGAGAUCAUAAACGGAACUUACUCUAACGGUACCAUCGCAGACACCUUGGUCGGCACUGUGCUCGAAAGCAACAUGCUUCGAGCCAUCUACACUGUCUCGAUCGCGUCACUCCUCGGGUCCUUCCUGAUUAUCGCCACGAUCAACCGCUUCAAUCGGAAGCACAUGCUGACUAUUACCUUCUGCCUGCUUGCUGUCGUAUUACUGGCAGCGUUCGCCAGCUUCAAGUCACUGUUUCAUCAAGGCGGAUUACAUGUUGUCCUGAUUAUGUUCUGGGUGAUCAUUUCCUUCCUGUUCAGCUUCGGCCCCAAUACUCUGACAUUCAUCGUAAGUCCGCUGCACCUCAAAAUCGAAUUCAAGCUGACAAGAGCCCAGAUACCGGCUGAAGUCUUUCCAACAAGAUAUCGCUGCACAUUCUACGGCAUCGCUGCAGCAAUCGGCAAGAUCGGCGCCGUGCUUGUACAAAUCGUCAUUCUGCACGUCCCCUCAAUUGGCAAACCCAACUCAUCGGCUAUUCGCUGGCUCUUGCUGUCGUUCGCGAUAUGCAUGAUUCUGGGUGCAUUAUGCUCGCAUUAUUUCGUGCCGGAAGUUCAACGACGAUCCACGGAGCGAGACACCAGAAAGGAUAGGAAAGGCAAUUUCCGACCAGCACCACCCUAUGUCAACAUCCCUUUGCAGGAACUUCCUUUACCUCGACGACCAAGACAGCCUUGUCGGGAUGGAGGCGAAGAGCUUCGCGAAGUGGAGCUGAGGUCGAAGUGA